CAUGGCAGCCGAAGAGCGUAACAUUUAUUCCAAAACAUUGCAGCAGCUAGCACGUUCUUUGGCUGACCUUAAUCCGUCACCAUGGGAAAAGGUCAGUCGACUUAUUUCUCUUUGCCCUGCAGAGAACUUGAGAGGAGGAUUCUGUUUAGAUCAAAGAGGCCAGGAUGCCAUUAUCGCUCUGGGAAUUUACUUCCUGGAAUCGGGCCUACAAUACAAGGAGAAGAUAUUGCCAUACUUAUUGAAUGUACUGCAGAGCCUGGUGAAGGCACAGUGGGUGGACCGUUUAAGAGGAAUGACCAGCCAUGUGUUACCAGUAAGUGAAAGCUUCACGUUUUGUCUCUCCACCAUUCUGAGUGAUGUGGCACACAGGAAUCCAGACUUUAAGGAACAGGUACUUACUGCCCAGCUAGACCUCCUACAGCUUCUCACCAAGCUCUGUGUUGGCGUUCAUGAUAUACCACAGGAUACGCUGGCGAAGGUGAUUAUUCCAGUGCUGUUGGGUCUGGCCCGUGCCAUUGGUCGAUCUUCUGACAAUGACACGCCCCUCAUUAGUCACCUCUACCCUCCUUCCCAUGUGGUCUCACCCAAACUGCGCAACAUUGUCCGAGAGGAUGAGGUACGGAAGAAGAAAUCCUUCAGCACAUUUCGUCCCAUUUUACCGAGAACGAUGUCGUCAAACAUCCUGGUCCCAGAGAGUCCACCUGGCUCGGCCAGCUCCAUAGGAUUUUUCUGCGACACUCUGCACCAGGAGCGCUCCCCCUCUCCACUGGUGGCGUCCUCUAAGGGGGAGCAGGCCGAUGACCCACUGGACGCCUCCGUACACUAUUUUAACCAGGUGGGCUCAAGUUUUACGAGAACGAAGGCCUGGGGCUUCGAGAUCAUACCUGAACAGGAUCAUCUAGAGUUCUCCAGCAAUCAGCUACAGACUAUCCUGAGUAUGUCCAAGAAACUGUUAAACAAGGAAGUUUUGAAGAACCUGGACACUAUAGCUCAUGAGUUUUCAACGCGUGAUAAUGGUCGACAUUUUCCGUACCAGACAUUCAGCGAGACCAUAACCUUGGUGAUAGUCACCCUCUUAAGAGACAUACUGGAGCAUGAGAAAGAUUUACCUGCCCCAUUCGCUAAGGACGUUCAGGACUUUGUUAAGGACCUGUACCUGUCGGGCAUGACAGAACUACAGGAGAGUCACCACCGGGGUGGUGGGGGGAAGCGCUGGUGUCUGGAUCCCUAUGAAUUGACAGUGGCUAGUAACGCUGCCUGUAUAGAGCUUCUCUUCUGGGCCAUCAGGGAGGAAUCAGAGGCUGAAGGAUUAUGUGUGCGGCUCACAGAGAAGAUCAAUACUCACACAGAGAAGAGACUGCUGCUCUCACACAUGCCCUUACUCACGGUCGCCCUGGAGGCUUUGGGCAAACUGGCAGAAAAGUUCCCCAAUCUGGCCUCGCUGAUGAUUGCUUCAUUGCGAGACUUCCUCAUCAGCCCCUCGCCCAUCCUGAGCAAACUUAGCAAGUACCUGAGCUCUUCAUCUGAUGGAGGUAUAAAAAUCACGGUGACGGAUGAAAACAGAGUUGGAGGAAGCAGUUCUAAUGGCCCGAAGAGCAAACUUCAUGCUGCCCUGGAGAACAUUAGAGACACUGCUAUCAUGAAUAUUUGCAGGGCAUUGCAGGCUGGUCUUCAGGCAGAUCCUGACUGUGUUCAGGCCUUCCUAGCCUCUGUCUCCAGCAGACUGUACAAAGCAGAGAUGAGUGACAGAGAGUCCACGUUGAUUUCAACCAACACCAUACUGGUUCUGGGACACGUUGCUGUGGCACAGAAGGACACGCCCAAAACAGUCGCCUCUGUGCUGCAGAUCUUCCAGCAACGGUUCUGCUCCCCUCCGUCGCAGCUGGACGUUCUCAUGGUGGAUCAGCUAGGCUGUAUGAUCAUGGCUGGAUGUUCAACCAUAUACCAGGAGGUUAUGGGCAUGUUCACCCAGAUUUGUGUACAGAGUAGCUCCCCUUAUGACAAGGAGAAAGAUGAAAAGGUCAAAGGUUACAGACAUGUGUCGCUGGCUGUGAUCAAUGCCUAUGCGAAUAUCGCCGCUAAUAUCCAAGGCGAGAGUGCCCAACAAGAGUUACUGGUUCGCCUUUUGGAGCUUUUCGUCCAGCUGGGAUUGGAGGGGAAAAGAGCCAGUGAGAAAGCUGCAGGAACUAUGAAGGCAUCGAGUAGUGCUGGGAACUUGGGGGUCCUUAUCCCUGUUAUUGCUGUGCUGAUGAAGAGGCUGCCUCCAGUUGUGUGACCCCAAACCUCGCUACAUAAACUGUUUCGUGACUUCUGGCUAUACUGUGUGGUCAUGGGUUUUGUCGUGGAAGACUCAGGUAUCCUAGCGCUUUGUCAUGACUGGUACGAGGGUGUCUGUGAUGUGGCUGUCAAGUCUCCUCUCCUUAUCUCCAGAGAACAUCUGAGGUCAGAGCUGCUGUACAACACUGUCUUCAAAAAUGACAGCAUUGCACCGAGUGAAUUGGCUGAGCUGAGGAACAUCUGCAGCCUGUUGGAAUACCCUGCUGAUGUUGUACCUCUCGUCAACAAACUUACUUUUAAUCAAUGUACUUACAUCCUGUCUGUAUAGCUGGAAAUUCUCAGGGUGGCCAAUUCCCAGGACUCCACAGCCUUCCAUGGGAUCUUCUCUUACCUGGAGGACACCACUAUUGUUAAGGACAAGGCAGGCAUGUGGAACUGCUUGCUCUCCGUCUCGGAACAGGUGUUCAAGAAGUUUCUGGAUGUUACGUCUGAGAAGGGUAAGACGGAGGAAAGAGAAAAGGAGCUAGAACAACACGCUCAGUUUCUGCUGGUCAAGUUUAACCACGUCCAUCGGCAGAUUAGGAGAGUGGCUGACAAGCUGUUAUCCGACCUCGUUGAUAGGUUUCCCCAUCUACUGUGGAGUGGCAAAGUGCUCAAGUCCAUGCUGGAUAUUCUUCAGGUCCUCUCCAAAGCUCUGGAAAUCGAUCCUAAUGAAGACGCUCCAGAGUUUGAGAUCGCUGGCACGCCCUAUAGACUGAGGGUCAUGGAUAACCUGAUUGACAGAGAGAACACAGUGAAGGAUUUCGCGGCACGUAGUGCCAGUAUCCUACAGGAGUCAAUGAAGUGGGCUCCUAACGCUACGCGAUCUCACCUCAUACAGUACCUGUUAGAACAGCGCAACUCUUCUGAAGGUCUGGUACAGCACAGCGGACUGGCGCUGGCCACGGAGAGCGUCCUCAACUACGCCGGCUACAACAAGUCAGCCGCUCCUCUUGGGACAGCCACACUGGACCGUAGACCGACAUGUGUGACGACGGACAGCUCCUACUUCAUGGCUAAUCUCACAUUGAGAAGUCGGUACACAGGGGAGAUCUGUGGGAUGAAGGACUUGUGUGAUGAGGAGGGAGACCUGGUCACCACCCUCUGCCAGAAGCUGGAGAAGGCCUGUGAGAAUACAGACCCAGAAGUGUGUAAGAAGGCCAUGUUUCGUGUAUGUGCCCUGCUGAUUACAGCUAAAGGUAGUAACAGACAGUUGUUACACAGCCUGUGCUGGACGCCCAUUCGUCACUUCACAGAGAGAACCAUGGAAGCUGCUGUGGCAUGCUGGGAAUGGCUCUUAGCCGCACGACCGGAUCUGAGCAUUGAGUUUCUGUGUGAGAUGAGUGCAGCCUGGCAGAUGACUGUGGACAUGAAGCUAGGGCUGUUUGCAGAGGAUGGGAUUCGCCCUGACCCCCUGGCUAAAGAAGAAGAGCAAUCUCUCGAUCCUAACCCUCCCUUUGUUGAGCCUCACAGGAUAUGGACCAAGUUUUUGGCAGAGCGCGUUGAAAUUGCCAAGUACAGCAGCCUGGAUCAAGUGAGCAUCUACACCUCUCUGCUGCAUAAGAGUCUAUCCAUCAGCGUGGGGAAGCGCUCAGGCCCGAUGUCCCGCCACCCAGCAGCCCUAGGGCCCAGGGUCAGGCUACUCACAAUGGGUCUUUCCCUCCUCCAGGGGAGCCUCCUACCCAAUACUACCAACAAGAGUGUUCUCAGGGAGAGGGUAUACGCGGCAACGCUGGACUGGUUCUGUGGCCCAGUAAUCCACCCCACCCAGAGGGGAUCAGACCUCAGGGAGGACAUCCUGACCCUCAUUCGCUUCUGGCAGUCUAUGCAUGCUGAUAAGAAGUACCUGAGGGGCAACAUAAUACCGAUGCCCGAGCCUGAUGCCACAUCGUACAGUAUGAACACAUUGAUGAUGCCGUCAGACAUGCGUUCACAAUCAGGCACGGGCUGGAUGAACACUAUGAGCAGCAUGUCUACCUACUCCAAACGCUCCUCAGGGGUAGGACGUAAGCGUGUGGGCAGUAACACAGCCUUUGUGAAGGACUACAUCCGUAAGCGUAACCUGAUCCUGACCCUGGUGGCCAGCGCCAUUGAAGUGUUCAUCACCUGGCACAACCCCCUGGAGCAGCUGGAGCUGAGGGUCCCUGGGGAGGACACCAUCACAGCCUGGAGGAACCAGGUCAUCUCGGAGAAACAGUGGCGGGAUAUCACACGACUGGCCUGGGACAUCUCCCCCACUCUGGCCGUCUUUCUGCCCUCGAGGUUCCGUAACUCUGAGGCUCUGGUGAGGGAAGUUACCCGUCUGGUUCGUCUCAACCCCGGGGCAGUCAGCCACAUACCUUAUGCCAUACAGUUCCUGGUCACGGCCCACAGCGUGGAGGCAGAUGCCCCAGAGUUAUCACACGUGCUGACCUGGGCAAAAGUCUCCCCUGUCACGGCACUGGCCUAUUUCUCCCGUCAGUUUCCCCCUCACCCACUCACGGCUCAGUUUGCUGUCAAGACACUCCGUCUCCAUCCACCGGAAGCUCUCUUAUUCUACAUACCACAGCUUGUCCAGGCUGUCCGAUACGAUACAAUGGGUUACGUGACAGAGUUUAUUCUGUGGGCAGCCAAACAUUCUCAGCUUUUGGCUCAUCAGCUGCUCUGGAACAUGAAAACUAAUGUUUACCAUGAUGAAGACGGAAUGAUCAAGGAUGUUGACAUUGGGGAUGCCCUAGAAUCCCUCAUCAUGGAAAUCACUAACUCUCUCAGCGGACCAGCCAGGAAUUUUUAUGAAAGAGAAUUUGACUUCUUUGAUAAAAUAACAGGGAUAUCUGGCGAAAUCAGGCCCUACCCCAAAGGUCCAGAGAGGAAGCAGGCCUGUCUGAAUGAGCUGAGUAAAGUACAGGUGCAAACAGGUUGUUACCUGCCGUCUAAUCCAGAGACGAUUGUCACGGACAUAGAUUAUAACUCUGGCACACCUAUGCAGAGUGCUGCAAAAGCGCCGUUCCUGGCGCGGUUUCGUGUGAAGCGAUGUGGGAUCCACGGCCUGGAGGCGCUGGCGUCAGGCGAUCAUCAUGCGCAAAGUGAGAUCAUGGCAGCUCCGGAGUACUGGCAGGCUUGUAUCUUCAAAGUGGGUGAUGAUGUCAGACAGGACAUGCUGGCUCUGCAGGUUAUAGGACUAUUCAAGAACAUCUUUGAGCAGACAGGGUUAGAUAUGUACCUGGUUCCCUACAGAGUCGUGGCUACUGCCCCAGGGUCUGGUGUGAUAGAGGUCGUACCUGACAGUAAGUCACGUGAUCAGAUUGGACGACAGACGGACAUUGGGAUGUUUGAGUAUUUCCUGAACAAGUAUGGAGACAUCAGUACACCUGCCUUUCAAGCUGCAAGACGUAACUUCAUCAUGAGUAUGGCAGCGUACAGUGUGGUGGGCUACUUGCUCCAGAUCAAAGACAGACACAACGGCAAUAUCAUGCUGGACAGCAGUGGACAUCUUGUACAUAUAGAUUUCGGCUUCAUGUUCGAGAGCUCACCGGGCGGUAACCUUGGGUGGGAGCCAGAUUUCAAAUUAACCUAUGAGAUGGUGAUGAUCAUGGGGGGCAAUAUGGAGGCUGCCCCAUUCCAGUGGUUCAUGGAGCUCUGUGUCAAGGGUUACCUUGCUGUCAGACCACACAUGGAGGCCAUCAUCUCGUUAGUUUCUUUGAUGCUGGAUACGGGACUACCAUGUUUCCGAGGACAGACAAUUAAGCAGCUUCGCUAUCGCUUCAUGCCCCACUGCAAUGAGAGAGAGGCAGCCAAUCAUAUGCUGAAGGUGGUCAAAGACUGUUGUCUAAACUGGAGAGGAAAGACCUAUGACUGGUUACAGUAUUACCAAAACCAAAUCCCUUACUAGUCUGAGCUGGGAGUUUCGAGGUCAACCUUUGUAUGCUGAAGAUUAUAGAAAUCAAGCUUUAAUUUUGUCUUUGGUUUUGCAAAAAUCAUGGACCAGUAAGAUGGAUGUAUAUUUGGAGAGAAUAAUAUAUUAUUAAAUGGGCUAGAAAUGUGAUUUAUGAUUUAUGUACUUUGCAUGUUUCAUGUGGUCUUGCAUGAAGGAUUGGUGCUUCAUGAGUCUGAACAUGUACAUGUAUAUGUACAUAUAGGCAGGUUUAGGUUGACUUUUAUUAUGCACAGGUAUUGUACCCUGAAUGCUAUAUAGGGUCAGGUCAUCAUUUCUGAUGAGAUGCAUAUGGCAGAUCUACAGAUCCAGGGAAAUCCCUGGCAAGGCAAGGUACAUUUGAUGAGGAUUUAGCCUGUUGUAUAGUGGGAUAUGUAGUUUGUAGAUAGUGUACAGUGUAUAUACAAUUCAGGGUGUAUAGCUUUGAAUAAGAGGUAGACACUAUUUUAUUCAAAGAUCAGAAUGGACAUUGAAUGCUGCUGUUUCGUUUGUGGUACAGAGGUACAGGUACUUGCUUUUAAUGGGAUUCUCUUUGAUUUUAUGGAAGUACUGUCCUUCUCAAAAGUUAGCUGAUCAGGGCAGUAGCAGUUUUAGCACUGGUUUAUGGUUUGGAACAAUUUGUUAGGCUUGGAUAUGGUGUUUUACAUUAUAUUAUUGUAUUAAUAUUCUUGUACCUGUACUUGCUGCUACAGUGUAGGGUUUCACAUACCAGCUGCGGCUGAAGUGGCAUCAUUCGCUGUUUCUCGUUGAACGUCACAGUUUUUCUUUGUUUUUCUUUGUGUUCCCGUCAUCUUUUGUUUUUGUUUUAUCUUUUACUCAUCUUUGUUUUAUCCUGGCCUCUGAGGUUUUUUUUCUUUUUGCAGUUUUGUUGGAUUCUCAGUCCUGUACAACAGAUAAACCCUAGAAUAUGAUAGAGAAUAUAGGACAGAGAUGUUAUACAUUAUAGGCUUUGUCUGGAUUAGCUCUUAGAAAAUGUGGAGGCUGUCUUCACCCUUCCAGUUGUACUUUAUUUUGUGUGUGUGGAGGGUGUUGACUGUCACGAUUCAUGAUUUUAGAUGUUCAUGCAUGAUGGAAGCGGUACUUAAGGAUUUUAUGUGGAUUUUUAACAAGAAGAUGGACAAGGAACAUAGAAGCUGUUAAUACAUAAGUCAUAGUUACUUACUUUGUUCUUGUUAAGAUUUAAAGAGGCAAAACUGAAAAUCUGUUAUGUCAGUUCAGAUGACAAGCAUAUUCACGUAUGUGUUAUUAAGUCUGUAUGAGUCAUUAUUCCUGGGCUUCUGUGAAUAAGUUGUAUUUUUGUACAUGUGUGUACUAUAAUGCGUUAUCAUGUGUGUACUAUAAUGUGUCAUGUAUAUACUAUGUGU